AUGACGUGCAGCGGCACGGCUCUGGCGCCGUUCCGGGCGCUCCUUCGGGCGCGCGAGAACGGCUCGCUAGCAGGCAUGGACACCAGGUCUUGGCCCUUAUACUUCAUCAACUCGAUCACUUGGUCGUUCUAUGGCUGCAUGCUGGGAGACGUGUAUGUGCUGCUGGCAAACGUGAUCUGUGUGGUGAUGUGGCUCUACUUCUGCCUGGCCGCCAUUGGACUGCUCUCGCGCGAGGAAGGGGAGCUAGCACCACCGGCCCCCGACGACGUGGGCGACGCUGGCAUGCUCAUGCGUAAAGACGCACUUCAACUGCACGAGCUUUCCAAAUCCUACCGCAAGGAGGUGAAGGGCCAAGAGGGCCUUAGGUUCUUGGACACCUUUAGCUUCGAGGACCGCCUGUACGCUUUCUCCCUUCUUGGCAUGGCCGUCAGCCUAAUCUGCUUCUCUGCGCCAAUCGGGCGUCUUUGGGUAUUGAUACAGAAGCGGGAUGGCUCCUCCGUAUUUCUUCCAUAUGCCGUGGCCCAGUGUGCCCACAACCUGGUGUGGAUGAGCUACGGCUUUGUGUUGGGCAACAUGGCGGUCAUGGCCCCAAACAUCCCGGGCGUUUUCUGCACAGUCUCCCAGAUCCUUAUCAAACUGCAGUGGCCCGGGGAUUCAGAUGACCACGUGAAGGAGAAAAGCUUUGCCAAUGAGCAUUCCCAGGGAGCUCUCACAACGGUGGCUGCCGGAGUCUCCUCCGGCAAGCACGAGAAGAAGGAGGAUGCCGCCUCAGCGCAAUCAUCGGCAGAGACAACCACCAAGGCCUCAGCCUCCUCACCUGCCUCACCGCUACUGCCGGCUUCGAGGAGGCUACGUGUGUCCCCGGCGAGACGGGAUGUCACGCUCCCUGAACUGGCGCCAAUUUUGAAGGGACAGGGCGGCGUCUAUGAGGACUACCUGAAGUGGCAGCGUGACUACCAAAAGUGGGCGCGCAGGGGCUCCCAGUAG